CUAACUUGUGAAAUCAGUUCUGCAGCAAAAUGAUCGCUGCAAAUAUUCUACUUGUUUUAAAUUUUUUAACCGCAUUUGGAAAAGCAAAAGACAAUCUGUAUAAAGAGCUGCCAUCAAUAUUUCACAUUGACGAUUAUGAGAAAUGUAAAAUGGAGUCAAAAUUGUUCUGCAAAGUAUCUGUUACUCUUAAACCAUUGGAUAAUAAUAUAUCAUCGAAGCACUGGAAGAUGAUAGAGCAUUCUAUAGAAAACAAAUAUGCAUAUAAUCAUGAUGAGCUCUUUCAUGCGAUAUGUGUUAAUGAUUUUUGUCCUGAAGCCCAGAAAACUUUAACUAUGGGAAUAGAAAAAACGAUAUCUGAGUGUUAUCAAAGAAAGUUUUCCAAUUCUGGACUGGUUCCUAAUAUUGCCAACUUGAAAUGUGAUAAUGUUGAUACAAUUUAUGAACCUACAAUAGUGGACUACGUUUGGAUAUUGUUUAUAGUAUGUCACACAUCUUAUGUGCUUAUUGCCACGUACUGGGAUCAUCAGCAGAAAAAAUCUUCGAUUAUUUCACAAGAGUUUGGUGAAAAAUAUUUCCUCCCAUUUUCAAUUAUCAAAAACUACCAAAAAUUCAGAGCAGUUAAGGACAACGAAGAUUUCCAAAAAUUAAAAUGUAUCCAAGGCAUCAGGUUUUACAAUAUGUUGCUAAUAAUAUUUUGCCACACGUUUUCCAGUUUUAUUGGAGGAUACGUAAUGAAUACUGAGUAUAUUGAAAAUAUAUCAAAUAAUCCAUUCAGACAUGGUUUGAGAAAUUUAAUGGUAUUUUUAGUGCAAACAUUUUUUCUUUUCUCGUCAUUCUUAAUGUCCUACCAUUUUUUCCAAGUAAUGGAGAACAAAGAAAACGAACAACAUAAAUUAAAGGUAGUUUUGCUGACCUUUUUUAACAGAUAUUUGAGAAUAUUACCACCAGUGUUAAUAAUGGUUGGUUGGGGGAGCACAGUGUGGGUUGUCAAUUUAUUUUAUGGUCCCGUCAAAGACCAAUACGCAGACCCAGAACAUUUACGAUGUCAAAAAAAUUGGUGGGCAUCUUUGUUAUUUAUUCAUAAUCACUAUAACCAAGAGGAUAUGUGUUACUUUACAACGUGGUACCUGGCAGCUGAUACUCAACUAUACCUUUUAUCUCUAAUCAUACUAACAAUAAUUUGGAUUAAUAGAAAUACUGCUAAGCAUUUGCUAUCCGCAUUUGUGGCAUUGGGAGUGCUAAUUCCUACAGUUAUAUGUUACAUAUAUGAUUUGGAUAUGAUUUUUAGAAUCACACCAGAAAACUCCAAAAUAAACAAAUUUAGAUCAGUGAAUUUCCAUGUGGUUUAUUCUUCCACAUAUUCCAAUAUGGCUACAUACAUGAUAGGACUAUGUUUUGGAUAUUUCUAUUUUACAUUACGAAAUGUUCGAAUUUCAUUUACAAGAGUGCAAAGACUGUUAUGGUUCUCAGCAUUUCUGGGUUUACCUCUAUUGGUUGUUACGAUUUCGUCCAAUGACUAUCCGAGACUACUAAGUGCAAUCUUUAGCGGGACUGUGAAACCUGUUUAUGCUAUCGGAAUAGGAUUUGGUGUGUUUGGAAUGUCAAGAGGGGAAGGAGGUGCAAUUAGAAGCAUAUGUGAAUGGAAACCAGCGGUUAUUUUGGGAAGUUUGACGUACAGCACUUACAUUUUCCAUUAUGUCAUAGUGUUCUCUCGAACAGCAGCAGCUACUCAGCCAUUCUACAUGUCAGACUACAUAGUUAUAAAAUCAUUUAUAAGAGAUGCAACUCUUUCGUUUCUUUGUGGUUUGGUAGCAUAUAUUUUUGUGGAAUUGCCUGCUACAAAUAUGCAAAACAUGUGUAUACCUCAAGUAAGAUGGAAGAGACUACCAGUUAAAUCACGCAAAACUAAUUAAAUAUGCAGUAUACUAUAA